UUGUGAGUGAACUACGUACGGAUUUUUAAAAUUUAGACUUUGUUGGAUGAGGCGUUGGGCGAGGCGGCGUGGCUGAGCGCGAUGGAAGGCAGCUAUCUCGUUCUCGCCGCGCUGCUCAUCGCGGCGCGCGCGCAGAACACCAGAAAUGACGGGCCGCGUUUUCUGUCACGCGGGCACUCGUUCCGGACGGUGGUGGGAGACACGUUACUACUUCCCUGCCAAGUGCAAAACCUAGGUUCCCUGGUGCUCCUCUGGCGGCGAGGGCCAGCUGUCCUCACAGCAGCGAGCCUCAUGGUCACCCGGGACGAGAGGUUCAGGCUCGUCGACGGCUACAAUCUGCAGAUCACCGAUGUGGGACCGCAGGAUGCAGGCGACUACGUGUGCCAGAUAUCGGACCGCGUGGCGCGCGACCAGGUGCACACGGUAGAGGUGCUGGUGCCGCCGAGCGUGCGGCCCGCGCCCGAGUCGCGGCACGCGGCGGCGCGGCGCGGCGGCGCGGCCGUGCUCGAGUGCCGCGCCGCAGGCAACCCGGUGCCCAGCGUCACCUGGCAUAAACUGCCCCACACGGCGCAGAACGCGACGGCGCGACUCGGCGAGGGCCCACAGCUGCAGCUGGCUCGCCUGGAGCGCCGACACUCGGGCCGGUACGCCUGCACCGUCGACAACGGUGUCGGCCCGCCCAUCGUCACGGAGUUCCAGCUUCAAGUGCUAUAUCCUCCAGAGAUCACAGUGGAGAGAUCCUGGGUGCACACAGGGGAGGGGUUCAGAGCCGAGCUGCUGUGCACCGUGCUGGCCGACCCUCCGGCAGAGGUAUCCUGGUACCAGAACUCCUUUCCGUUGAGCGCAUCGGAGCGGGUGACGAUGGCGGCCCGCGGGAACAACCACACGCUGCUCAUAGCCAACGUGCAACCGGAGGACUUCGGCAACUACAGUUGCGUGGCGGACAACAGCCUGGGCCGCGCGCGGCAGCACGUGGAGGUGUCGGGGCGGCCGGGGCCCGCGCGCUUCACGUCGCCGCCGCUCGCGCGCGCGCCGCGCCAGUACACGCUCGCCUUCAGCGUCGACAGCUACCCGCCGCUGGACGAGCUGCGCCUGCUCUACCGGCAGCUGGCGAUAAACGAGUCGUUCCAGCAGCCAGGGCGGUGGCACGACGUGGUGCUGCCCGCGCCGGCGCCGGCCGGCUCGCUGACGCACCGCGUGUCGCACGAACUCAAGGCGUUGCAGCCCGCCGCCGUGUACGAGGCCAUCGUACAGGCUAAGAACCGAUACGGGUGGAAUGAGGUUAGCGACAUAUUCCAAUUCCACACACUGGGAGGUCCUCACACGGCGCACGCGGACGAACUCACACCCAUGUACUCGUCAGCUCACGUCAGCAAACACAUGGCAUGGUCACUGUCACACCUCGCCUUCUUUUACAUCCUACGCGCUUGAACAGAAGCCUUACGAUUGGCUGACGGCAGCCAACCAGCGUCGAGCGUCGACCGUUCGAUUUUUGAAUUUUGUAACCGUUAUUCGGGGUUAGUGAUAGUCUUUUGGUUUUUAAAACAAUCCUCAUUCGUA